AUGGCGACAAUCCAAGCCAUCGAGGCCCGCUCUGUACACCAAAUCCAAUCGGGUCAAGUCAUCGUUGACUUAUGCUCCGUUGCUAAAGAGCUUGUCGAAAACAGUCUGGAUGCUGGCGCGACGACGAUCGUUCCAGAGGUCCGGUUUAAGAAUAAUGGACUGGACCUGAUUGAGGUCCAAGAUAACGGCAGCGGGAUCUCGCCGGAAAACUAUAAGAACGUCGCAUUGAAACACUAUACCUCCAAACUGACCUCAUACGAUGACCUCUCGAGCCUACACACCUUCGGUUUCCGGGGAGAGGCGAUAUCCUCACUCUGCGCGUUAGCCGACUUCCACAUCGUCACGGCACAAGAAAAGCAAGUUCCCCGCGCGAAUCGACUCGAUUUUGAACAAUCUGGGAAACUCCAGAAGACACAGAUCGUGGCUGGGCAGAAAGGAACGACCGCAUCGGUCGAAGGCAUCUUCAAGCGACUUCCCGUGCGUCGGCGGGAAUUGGAGAAGAACAUUAAACGAGAAUACGGGAAGGUUCUGAAUCUACUACAUGCAUAUGCAUGCAUUAGCACUGGAGUCCGAUUCAGCGUCAGAAACACUGUUGGCAAGACACGAAAUGUGGUGGUCUUCUCUACAAAUGGAAAUAAGACCACCAAGGAAAAUAUUGCCAAUGUGUAUGGUGCGAAGACAUUAUCCGCCCUGAUAUCCCUUGAUCUGGAGCUGGAGUUUGAGCCUGCCGCAUGUACGAAACGGGUUGGCGACGACCAGCUGAGUAAAAUUCAGGUGCGAGGCCAUAUCUCGCGUCCUGUAUUCGGCGAGGGCCGUCAGACUCCGGAUCGCCAGAUGUUCUUCGUCAACUCGCGCCCAUGUGGCCUGCCGCAGAUUCAGAAGGCGUUUAACGAGGUUUACAAGUCGUUCAAUGUGUCGCAGUCGGCUUUCAUCUUUGCGGACUUUCAGAUGGAUACAAAUGCUUACGAUGUCAACGUUUCGCCUGAUAAGCGCCAAAUCCUGCUUCAUGAUGCGGGGGCUAUGAUUGAAUCGCUCAAAAUUUCUCUUACGCAACUCUUUGAGGAUGCAGACCAAAGUGUGCCGCAGUCAUCGGUUAAAUCCAUGCCUUUGCCAAAACAGCAACCACUAGCGUCACUUCCAGGGUUCGUCACUGCCCGGGAACUCAACGAAAGCGCUGGACGUAGAAGUCCGAGUCAAGAUCGGACGAAGGAAAGCUCUGUGGAAACUCCGGGUGUGAAUCAACAGAGCGCGAUUGAGCGUUUCACAAGCUCACAGGGGGGGCAUAGGAAGGGCUCAAACUACGCCAUCUCCGGCUCGAUCGAGGAGAACAACCCAAGCUACAACCAGUCGCUCUUCAAUGUCGACGCCAGCCCCAACUCCCACGAAUCCUCAUCCCAGCCAUCGGUUCCUGAAGAGACUCCAUCUCGCGCCUGUGGAGACCCAGCAGAAAGCCCCAAUAUUAUCCAAAAUGCCUUCCAUAGAAUGCGUCCACGACGAGAACCCGCUGAACUGGCGACCAUCACUAUUGGCAACCGAACUGUAACAUCCAUGGUCGGUAGUGGUCCUCCACGAAAACGGUUCUCAGAAGAUCCACCUUUAGUGAUGGAACCGCCCCGGCGGAAGAGACGAAUACAUACACCAUCACGGCCUGAUAUCUUUGGUAAACACAUGAGAGCCUUUGCUGCGCCUGGAUCGCAGCUUGAUGACGAAGAAGACGAAGAAGGCUCUGCUAGUGAAGAUGACCAGAUUGAAGAAGAUGAAAAUGACCUUUCAUCUGAAAUUGAGGACACACAAGACGUGGAGCAAGAGCCCGAAACCGAGGGUUCUCCUCCGGUUGAGGAUGGCGCCUAUGUUCCUGACCAAGGUGCAGCCCAAUCAGAAGUUGAAAACACCAAGGCGAAAGACAAAGACACCGCCAUAGAUGAAAGUCUCGACGAAGCUGAGAAGAAGGCACAGGAAGAAGCUACAGUACAACGGCUCAUUCAUGAAGCCGAGGAGGCUGCUGUGCUUCCUCAAGAAAAUAGCACAAACCGUGCAAAGAAGAUGAACAAGGGCGCUGCACAUCGUGACGCGACUAUACAGCUUGUCGGCACGGUAGAUGGGUCUAUUCCACGUCUCCAAUCUCAACUCAUUACAUUGCAAAAGACCCUGCAAGCAGGCACCAAGAAAACGACAGAGGAAGCUACUGAUCUUGGCGAGAAAACUGCCGAGGACAAACUUUCCUUGACUGUAAGCAAGAAUGAUUUUGCCCAAAUGCGCAUUAUCGGUCAGUUCAACUUGGGCUUCAUCAUCGCAGUCCGUCCAGGAGACGAUCGCGAUGAGCUCUUCAUCAUCGACCAACAUGCCUCCGAUGAGAAAUUCAAUUUCGAGCGCCUGCAAGCUGAAACUGUGGUGCAAAAUCAGCGACUUGUCCGUCCGCAACGUCUCGAUCUCACUGCCGUUGAAGAAGAGGUUGUCCUUGAGAAUCGCGUCGCUCUUGAGAAAAACGGUUUCCUCGUGACCGUUGACGAAAGCGGCGAUGAGCCUAUCGGCCGUCGAUGUCAGCUGGUCUCAUUACCGCUGAGCAAGGAAGUGGUGUUCGGCGUCCGGGAUCUGGAGGAACUGAUUGUGUUGCUAUCAGAGUCAAUUUCAACGUCAGAUGGGUUGUCAGUACCACGGCCGAGCAAAGUCCGCAAAAUGUUUGCUAUGCGCGCAUGUCGUUCAAGUAUCAUGAUUGGAAAGACCUUGACGAAUCGCCAAAUGGAACGGGUCGUUCAGAACAUGGGGACUAUCGAUAAACCUUGGAAUUGCCCCCAUGGUCGACCGACAAUGCGGCACUUGAUGAGUCUGGGCCAGUGGGAUGAAUGGAAUGAGUUUGAGGAAACCGAAGGACUCGACCCUUGGAAACAAUUUUUGGAAGGAGAAGAUGAAGAUGAAGCAUAA